UCUUACUUUUUGUGUCCUCUAAUUUGUGCAGUGGCAAGAAAAAAAUGUGUUUUCUCUUAGAAUAUGAGACUGUCAUGUUUCUAAACAGAAGGAGGAUCCAUAUCCAUUGUUCUCAUAGUUUCGUUCACACAUGGCCAUGCCAAUUCUCAUGAUACAGUCAGAUUUUACACAUCAAUUUAGGUUGUGGACUUCAGUCAUGAGAUAGAAUAUGCAUGGAGUGACUUUAGUGCCAGGUUUAUGGUCGGUUUGUUUUAAAUAUAAUAUAGUGGUGGACGGUUUGUCUUUAGUUGAGUGAGUGGUUAGGGAAGUUAGAGCUUAGAACUUCUUAAUUAAUUAAGCUUUUCAAAGAUGUUUCAAAUAGUCCUUUCUUGUGGGGGCCACUUCAUAUGAGGAAAUGCAAGCCAGAAUAAGUUAUAUUUUUUUGAUUCUGUUGAGAUUAGGUUGAGCAAGGAAAAUGAAAGAAAAAUAAACUCCUUUGAAAGAUCGUACUUUCCUCUUUCCAGUGAAUGGUCCUAAUUUGAUUAUCCACUUGUGAUUACUCAUAUAAAGAUCAAUUGCCUCUUUUUCUUUUCAUCAAGCACCAACUACCCUGGUGCUUACUGUCACUGUUGGACACUGAAUUCUUUGGUAGGGAGUAGCCAAAUUUAGAUGUCAUUAUAUUGCACUGAUGGAGGUGAUCUACAUCUGCCAAAUUUAGAUGUCAUUAUAUUUCACUGAUGGAGGUGACAUCUCCGAUGUAGCGGUUUCGUUGAGUGAAAUCUGUGUUGAAGAGUAAGCUGUUGUCAUGUGAGAACUUUUUAAGAGUUUUUUUUAUUUUACAGAAUUUACUAUGAUUGUUUAUGGAAAAAACUCUUCUCUGCAACAUCAAGUGCUGGCAUUCGACUUUGGUGUUUGCUUGACAGAGAAACUCUCUGCCACUGCCACCUUCGCUGCUGGCAUUCAAGUUUGCCUCUUCUCUUUUUCCUUACAUGUAUCCUGAUUUGGACACCUGUUUACAUGAUGAGAUGGCGGUUACAACCUUUAAAGUACCUCCUAGUGAGUGUUGUGGGAAUAAGAAAAUGGAAAGAAAGCCUUCUGGGAGGAGACGUGUAUUUGUUCAGACUGAAACUGGGUGUGUUUUGGGAAUGGAAUUAGAUAGAAGUGACAAUGCCCAUACCGUGAAAAGGAAAUUGCAGGUUGCCUUCAAUGUCCCAACUGAGGCAAGCUCGCUUAUAUGUGGGGACAUGGUCUUGAAGAAUGACCUAAGUGUGGUUAGAAAUGAUUCUCCACUUCUACUCACUAGGACCUUUUUACAUAGGAGUUCAUCUACCCCAUGCCUUUCACCUACUGGCAGGGAUCUUCAGCAGAGGGAUCAGAGUGGACCAAUUGAGGUUAUAGGUUGCUCAGAUAUGUUUUCAGGAACCAAACAGCUGGUUGAGGAUAUUAUGAAGGCAAUAAAAGUUGGCAUUGAACCAAUCCCCAUUCAGAGUGGAUUAGGAGGUGCAUAUUAUUUUAGGAACAGCAAUGGUGAAAAUGCUGCUAUUGUGAAACCAACUGAUGAGGAGCCUUAUGCACCAAACAAUCCUAAAGGUUUUGUUGGCAAAGCCCUUGGACAACCAGGACUGAAACGUUCAGUGAGGGUUGGGGAGACAGGUUUCAGAGAAGUUGCAGCUUACCUUCUUGACCAUGAUCAUUUUGCCAAUGUGCCCUCUACUGCCCUUGUAAAGGUCACACAUUCUAUUUUUAAUAUUAAUGACAGGGUCAAUGGUAGUAUGCAUCAUAACAAAAAGCAAAUAAGCAAGAUUGCAUCACUGCAGCAGUUCAUUCCUCAUGAUUUUGAUGCAAGUGAUCAUGGAACUUCUAGUUUCUCUGUUGCUGCUGUUCAUAGGAUUGGGAUUUUGGAUGUACGAAUUUUAAACACAGACAGACAUGCAGGAAAUCUUCUGGUCAGGAAGCUUGAAGGGUUUGGAAAGUUUGACCAAGUGGAGCUUUUUCCCAUUGAUCAUGGUCUUUGUCUCCCUGAAACUUUGGAAGAUCCUUAUUUUGAAUGGAUCCAUUGGCCUCAAGCAUCAAUUCCUUUCUCAGAUGAUGAGCUCGACUAUAUAUAUCAUCUAGACCCAUUUCGUGAUUCAGAAAUGCUUAGAAUGGAGCUUCCCAUGAUUCGAGAAGCAUGCUUGCGGGUUUUGGUUCUCUGCACUAUCUUCCUCAAGGAAUCCGCAGCUUUUGGUCUUUGCCUAGCAGAGAUUGGCGACAUGAUGAGUAGGGAAUUUCAGGGUCUCGAUGAAGAGCCAAGUGAGCUUGAGCUUAUCUGUAUUGAAGCAAAGAAACUGUUAGAUCAGGAAGAAUUAUUUUCCUUUGAAGCUGAGGUAGGAGACAAAGAUGUGACUCAGUUUCAGUUAGAUUGUGAGGAUCAGGAUUUGGAUUUCACUACAAACAUAGAAGAGAAACUGACUGUAAUGCCACCAUUUCAAGUUGGAGCAAGAAAUGGAAACAUUAGAAACACACUUUCUAGACUAGAGGAAAGCAUGAUGGAGGACGAGGCUGAGAGUGAAGGGGAGUUACCCGUAGGUGGUGGUGAAUACAAUGGUCCUGUGUUAAAUGGGGUGCCUAAUGUUUCAAAGCUUUCUGUGUCUCUGCAAAACACGAGAACUAGUGAAAAAAGUUGGCAGCAGAUGGGUGUAAAGCAAAAGAGUGACUUUUUGGCUGGGACAUCAUCUGGAAACACAACUGUGAAUGAGUUACCUGCAAGCUCAAGUUUCGUGAAGCUAACAGAUAUGGAUGAAGAGAGGUGGAAUCAGUUUCUUGAGAAUUUCCAAAGGUUGUUGAUCCCAGAUUUUGUUAAUUACAAACGAGGAAAUGUGAGCAAGAAGCAGAGGCAGAGGCUUGGAACUUCAUGCCAGUUUUAGGGGGACCAUAAAUGAAAUGUGAAGUGAACCAAUAAAUAUUAGAGGCUUGUACAAUGUGUCAUACGGCACACAUGGAACUAUAUAUAAAUAAAUAAAUACAGAGGCUUUAUAUUCGCAACACUGAGGAGGAGGGAGUAUUCAGGAGUAAAUAGUAAAUGAAGAUUAUCAGGUAGUAAGGUCUUGCAUCAGCAAAUAGAGGGAGAGCUUAUUCACCAGUAGAAGUGAAGACUAUGUCCUGAUUUACUCCUUUUAAUUUUACUCGCUUUAUGUUCACUGGUUAGUAUGUUGAAUAAUUCAGAGUAGAUGCCAAAAUAAAUUUGUAUAUACCUAUGUUUUCCUGAAGAUAUAAAUAAUACUUGUAGUGUGGUUUGUUUGUCGCCUUUAAA